UAGUACCCGUGUUUACCUAACCUACUGUUCUUUAGACAGUCUUCCCAUUGCCACAGUUAAGGAUUUCCAUUCCAGAAUCUGCAGCUAAAUGAGAUCAUGAUUUUGGAAGGAGCCGGCAGAAUGAGUAUCAAUUCCAGCAGCAACCUACUCCACCAGCAGCCUUCCUGGACAGAAGGAUACUCCACAUGCAAUGUGUCCAGCAGUUUCUAUGGAACACAGUGGCACGAAAUCCAUCCACAGUACUGGACCAAGUUUCAGGUCUGGGAGUGGCUGCAGCAUCUCCUCGACACCAACCAGCUGGAUGCCAACUGCAUACCUUUCCAGGAGUUUGACAUCAACGGGGAGCACCUGUGCAGCAUGAGUCUGCAGGAGUUCACGCAGGCAGCGGGCACGGCAGGGCAGCUGCUCUACAGCAACCUUCAGCACCUAAAAUGGAACGGUCAGUGCGGAAGUGACAUGUACCAAUCUCAUAAUGUCAUUGUGAAGACAGAACAAACAGAUCCGUCGUUAAUGGUGUCCUGGAAAGACGAGAAUUAUCUGUAUGACAGUGGCUAUGGUAGCACAGUAGAGUUAUUGGACAGUAAAACAUUCUGUCGCGCUCAGAUCUCCAUGACCGCACCUAGCCACCAGCCGCCUGAUUCCUCAGAAGUGAAAAAAACACAAGAGCAUACCCCAAAGGCCCACACCAAGAAGCACAACCCUCGAGGAACCCAUCUCUGGGAAUUUAUUCGAGAUAUUCUUCUCAAUCCCGAGAAAAACCCAGGGUUAAUCAAGUGGGAAGACCGGUCAGAAGGUGUCUUCAGAUUUUUAAAAUCUGAAGCUGUGGCUCAGCUCUGGGGAAAGAAGAAAAACAACAGCAGCAUGACCUAUGAGAAACUCAGCCGGGCCAUGAGAUAUUAUUAUAAAAGAGAAAUCCUGGAGCGUGUGGAUGGUCGGAGAUUAGUAUAUAAAUUUGGAAAGAAUGCCCGUGGCUGGAGAGAAAAUGAGAAUUAAAUAUGUCUAAAAACAACGUUUGAAACAACUGGAUGUAAAUAUUCAAAGACUAUUUUCUUAUAUUUAUGUACCAAACUGGGGUGAAAAAAACAUUUUACUUCUGUCGGGAAGAAGGAACAUUAGCAUUAUUGGUGUUAAAAUUAUUUUAUUUGAAGUAUGUCCUGUAUGGGGAAAAAAUGUACACAGUUUUCUGUGAUAUAUGAUAACAUUAUAGAAUUAUGAUUGUUUUCCCUUCUUGUGAAGUUUUUCUCUUUUUUAAAAAAAUCAUACAGGCAUAAUGUGAUUUAUGACAAUGCUGUGAGUCAUGCAAAGAAAGGGAAGGAGGGAAAUACUAGGGCAUUUAGUGAGUACAAUAAUCCACUUCAGAAGGUGAGAAUAAGUGGAGAAAACAGUAAGCAUCUCUGAG